AGCGUCUUCCCGGGCUCCCAGCAGGAGCCCCGAGCUGCCUCCCGCCGCGCCGCCGGCAGCAGCAGGGAGGGCGGAGAACGGCGAGAAGCCGCAGACCUAGUCCGCGCAUGCGCCUGGGGCCCUACCGCUCUCCCGGGGCGGGGCCCGCGUUCCGUAGCGACACGGGGAGGCGAUGCCGAGGGUUGGGGGGUGGCUGCUGGCCUUGCAGCUGGUGGGGCUGGCCGUCUGCAGCGUCGGCACUCCGUCUGCCGCCGGGAUGGCUGCGGAGGCCGCGCACCGUGCUGCUCCCCGAGGAGCCUCUCGCCGAGCCCCCGCUGCCAGCGCGCGGCGGGCCGAGCCUCGGGUCUCUGCCGCUGGUCCCCGCCGGGCCGGUCUCGCCCCGCCGCUCCUCCACCGGACCCCGCGAGCCGCCCCCCACGGCUUCCCCGACCGCCGCUCCCGAGCCGACGCCUGCGGCCUGCGCGAUAUCGGCAGCAGCAGAUCUGUGCGUCUAGUGUGUGUAGAAAGAUCACUCGUGUUCAGAAAUAACACCCCUUAUCCUACUCAUACCAUUGCUAUUUCUGGUGGGCAUGAUUUGCUGUUCUGUGUGCAGCUGGAUGAUCCAAAGCUGAACUAUUUCAUACAGCCACAGGAUAUAAAAGAAUCUGAGUUUUUAAAGUUCUUAAAGAAGUAUGGCAGACACUUUUUCUUAGCAUCAUCACAAGUCCAGCCAUCAUUCUCUUCCUUUUACCGGGCUGGUGAUCCAAUCCUAAUUUACUUCGAUUCAUCGUCUGUACUGAGCACGCUAAGACAGCCAAUAGAAAUGGGAGCUGGUGGACUUUGUGUUGAUGGAAAUCCUGCUGGCUUCCUGGAGAGUAGAAGCACAAGCUGUACUCGAUUUUUUGCCAAUUUGAGCAAGAGCUGCACUACUGACCCUGCCCUAGAUGCUGCCUCCUACUACCGUGACUUCUCUGUGCUAAAGGUCCCAGUUAAUGAUGCCAUUAUGCAGUCCAUGAAGGUGAAGGUCACCCCAGUUGCACCACCUGGAGCUCCUCACAUGAAAGACAACUCGUGUAACAAUGUUGUUUCUGAGGUGAUAUAUGAGAUAGAAUUCAGUGGCACACGUGGGAUACAGAGUGUUUCUGUCCGAUUCAAAGUGAGCAACAUCUCUGGGAACUUGGGAUCCUCUCUGCAGCAGCACUUCACUUUGCAUUUCAGGACCAGGGCCCUUUCUCAUAUAUUGCCUAGAAGUGGAAACCCUGGCUAUAUCACCGGAGCACCACUGUUGAUUGCAAACAGUGGUGCUGUGCAGCAUAUGAGCAUUCUACACAGUGAAGGUGAUGGAAGUUGCUCACAGUUCCUCAGACACACAGUACACUUUGGAAGAAAUAUGAGGACAGGCUGCAAGCUCAGCCUAUCCCAAAUACUGGAAGAAAGUAACUGUAGUUACAUCCAGCACAAGUUAUACAAGGCUUUUCAGGGGAUGGACAGAGCGGAAGACCUUGCUAUAACUGGCAGUGCUCAUUCAACUCGGGCAGAAGAAUGGACAACCAUUCUGAUUCAGAACUGCAGUGUGGAGGCUGUGAAUUGCACUUCAUGUUGUGUGGUUCCUAUGACCCUGGAGAUACAGAUACUGUGGACUUGGGUGGGCCUCCUCUCCAAUCCACAAGCUCAAAUACUGCGUGCACGGUACUUAUAUCAGUGUUACCCCAUGAAGUUCCUAAGCAGUAGCAUGGUACCUUUGACAACUAUUGUUACCUUCACUGACAUCACAAAAUGGCCAGAACCUCCACGAGGCCAGCCCCAAAUGCACUGGAAACUCCCAUUUGACAUCUUUUACCCAUUCAAGGUGGCACUGAAUUUGGAAAGAAGUUACAGAGGUGAUCUGGCUGGCUAUUUUUUGCUGAUUUUAAUAAUAUCUAGUAUUCUCUGGUUUUGAAAAGUCAAAUAGAUAGGGCUUGUAGUUAAAGUUUGGUAAGUCAACUGAUACAUUCAGAAUGUGGUCCAGAUCAUAGACUUUUUUCUACAGGUUCAUAUACUGUGCCUAUGAUACCCAUGUGCCUUCUGUUCUUCAAUUAAGCCAAAUUAAUAGCUUCUGUCCUGUGUCCUUUCAUGCUCGUAUUCUCUGUAUGCGCCAUAUGUGAGCCUCACUACAGUGAAACACUUGAGAGAUGGUAGGAUCAGGAGAUGUUGCAUCAGUGAGGAACUAGGAGAAUGUCAAAAUGAAUAUUCCAUGAUCCCAGAAACCAAGAGUGCGUUCUAAACCCAGGAGUAUGGAGGGAGUAGCAUAGGUCAGUCCAAGCAUUUUGGAACUGCACUCAGUCAUGCUGUGUUGGAGAAACACCUAUUUUUUUUCUACAUGGAACUGACUGAUCAUUUGAAAUACAGGAACCCUCCCAGACAGCCUACAUUAUUGUUAGUAGACAUGUCUGACAGCCACCUUUAACCUGUGCCAUGUUACAUGACAACCAUGUCUCUGUGGCAGUUUUUGACUAAUUUUUCUGUAUUUCCAAAUAUAGAUAUUUAAUUGGUACUUUCAUGGGGUUUUUUUAAUAACUAUUUACAUUAGCAAUAGUCAGAGCAAAGUAAUUGUAAACAUUUUAUCCACUGAAAUAUAAUUGAAUUUUCAUUGUUUGUCU